AUGUCCGGACGAGGAAAGGGCGGCAAGGGUCUCGGCAAGGGUGGUGCCAAGCGUCACCGCAAGAUCUUGCGAGACAACAUCCAGGGUAUCACCAAGCCCGCUAUCCGCCGUCUUGCGCGUCGUGGUGGUGUCAAGCGUAUCUCGGGUCUGAUCUACGACGAGACCCGCGGUGUUCUCAAGCUCUUCCUCGAGUCGGUCAUCCGCGACUCGGUCACCUACACUGAGCACGCCAAGCGCAAGACCGUCACCUCGCUCGACGUUGUCUACGCUCUCAAGCGCCAGGGCCGCACCCUCUACGGUUUCGGUGCCUAA